AUGCGAGGAGAAUCCUACAUAGGUUUUAGGAGGGCGGAUGCAAAGAGUACAAAUAAAAUACUUCAAGAUGUUCAACGAGCCGCUCGAAUUAUGGGGCCUCCUUGUCAAUCACCAGUCUGCAAAAAAUGGAUUACUAGGCUUUGUGAUUCUGUAAGCGAAGAAGAUCGCCAAUUUCUAUUCAACGACUUUUGGAAGAAUAUGUCUUGGGAUUCCAAGAGAAUGUACGUUUGUUCGACGGUUGAAAUUAAAGAAACAAAACAGAAAACUACAGGAAACAAUAAUUCAAAAAGAAAUUCUAGCUACUUCUAUUAUCUGAAAGUUCAUGACAAAAGAGUACCAGUUUGCCAACUAAUGUACCUUCAGACAUUGGGUUUGAAAAAAUCUGAAGUUCACUAUUGGCUCGCAAACUUCCAUGAAAAUAAUAUGCCAGUGAAAAAAGCCUCUACCCGUUUUCCGCAAGAAAAUGAAGAAGAUAGUGAUGAGGCCGAUUUAUUUGUUGAUGAAGAUCUCACGUCAACAACUAAACCUCCAAUGAAGAAAAAAAGAUCAGACCAACAGCUUCUAACGUUGACCAGCUUUUUUGAUAAUUUACCAACACUACCAUCCCAUUAUUGCAGAAAAAAUUCAAAGAAGCUUUUCUUGCAAACAUACAUAAAAUCUUGGAGUCAAUUGUAUGAAAUGUACAAAACUAAAUGCUUAGAAAAUGUUGAAGCACCCAUGUCAAGGUUUUCAUUUGAUAAAAUAAAGAGAGAGAAGAAUAUUGAAAUAUUAAUCCCUAAAAAGGACAAGUGUGACAUUUGUUUCAGUUACGAGAAUAAGCAGGUUUCUGAAGAGGUCUAUUCAAAGCAUCUGGCCAAGAAAGAAGCUGCACGUAAUGAAAAAAAUAACGACAAAGUUGCUGCUCAAAAUAAACAAUGUCACACUAUAUGUUGUGAUUUAAUGGCCGUUCAAACUGUGCCCUAUAUUAAAGCUAGUGCAGCAUACUAUAAAUUGAAAUUAACAGCCCACAAUUACACAGUUUAUGACUUAACAACACACGAUGCAAUGGCAUAUUGGUUUGAUGAAACACAGACCUCACUUAGCGCUACCACAUUUGCAUCGUGCCUAUGUGAUUAUAUAAAUGAGUUGUUGAACAAGUAA